AUGCCCUUACGUAGCCCUCAAUGUGGAAAUACACGUGAUCGUAUAUUUGGUCAAGUGGCAGAACAGUUAAUGCCUUCAAAAAAAGUUUCUAAUACUUUCAAGUCAUCGAUAUUCGAAGAUAACGCAGCAAAAUCGCCAACUAUUCGUACACCCAAAAAAACAAUACCUGUAAUCGGUUGGUAUUUUUCAGUUCAUUUUUAUGCUGUGUAA